AUGCCGGCGAAACGUCUGGGAAUGUACCACGUCCACGCAUGCUUGCUUGAUCAACAUUUAGUCGAAUACCAUUCAUCGCGCUCCUCUCGGCUCAUUUCCUCUUAUGUUUACCACUCGCAUUUGCAUCUGCGGUUGGACAUCGGCACUCUCAUACAAUGCCGACGUCCACAAAAAAGUCUUCCAGCGACCGUUUCGCAAGGUCCGCUUCCAGAUAAUUUCAAUUCCUCCUCAGCGGCAUCUCUGCGUCUAAAUUCUUUUGUCCUCUAUCCCACCACUCGCUUCGGCUUCGGCCCUCAGGGACCAUACCUCAAGGAUUCAGAUCUGAAUUACAAAUAG